UCCCUGCGCGAGACCAACAGUUGGUUUUCGGACGCGUUGGAAGCCGCCACCGCCACCGCCGCCGCCGCCGCCGCCACCGUUGCAUUAUUCAGCGCGACCAUUACGAGUUGUUUCGUCGAUAAAUCGGGGGCUCUGCCCCCCGCGCCGCCCUAAUUUGGCGGAGGCGCCGGGAUAAGGGGGCCCGACUCGCGGUAUGACACGGGUUACGGAUGUGGGGCUUUUGCCGCCCAAUUUCGAACUGUGGGCUUUUGGUUGAGGUGAUCACGCACCCCCUCCGACGAUGCCGUCGUGAUGCCUCCGUUCGUGUCGGCCCGGCCCCCGUUCGCAAAUGCUGUCAUUAGUGAUGUUAAGCGAGAUGAAUCGGUCUGAACAGGAAAGCUUGUACCGCACGUCCCGCAAACUGAGCUUGGUGCCGAUCGGCAGCUCGCCGCACGCGGGCGCCCCCUCCGACGACCUGGUGCUGAGCGUGCUGAAGAGUCCCGUGAACCACGUGGCGCGCGAUGAGGAGGCGCCCCAGGUGCCCAGCGAGGAGGACGAGUGCUCCGAGCGCCUGCCCUUCCUGCAGCGCCUGCGGGGCCACCGGCCGCGCUUCGGCGAAGCGCACCACAAGCGCGUCCCGACGCCGCUCAAGCGCAAGCAGCGCUUCCGCAGCCACAAGAACGACGUGGUGCAGCCCGAGGACGUCGUCGACGAGGAGGAGGACGUGGCGGCGCCGACGGACGAGCCCAGGGGCGUCCCCGACCCCUACUAUCCCAUUUAUUUGCCCAUCGAUCAGGCGUUCAAGGCCAAGUAUGUUUUCCACCACAAGAAGGGGAAGACGUGCCAGGAGAGGACGUACGUUUUUCUGGAGCAUCCCGGAGGAUGGCUGUGCUUUAUCUAUCACUUUACUGUGUUUAUGUUAGUCCUCGUUUGCCUAAUAUUCAGCGUGUUGUCAACGAUCGACACGUACCAAAGCUUUGCCAACGAGACCCUUUUCUGGAUGGAGAUUUGCCUGGUGGUUUUCUUCGGCGUUGAGUAUUUGGUGCGGCUGUGGUCGGCAGGCUGCAGGUCAAAGUACAUGGGCUUUUGGGGGCGCCUUCGAUUUAUACGCAAACCCAUCUGCAUUAUCGAUUUAAUUGUAGUGGUAGCUUCGAUUGUAGUUCUAACGUUAGGUUCAAACGGGCAAGUGUUUGCCACGUCGGCUAUCCGCGGAAUUCGCUUCCUGCAGAUUUUGCGGAUGCUCCACGUGGACAGGCAAGGGGGCACGUGGAGGCUGCUGGGUUCAGUUGUGUUCAUACAUCGACAAGAAUUAAUAACGACUCUUUACAUCGGAUUUCUGGGCCUAAUUUUCAGCAGUUAUUUCGUUUAUUUGGCGGAGAAGGACGCUGUGGGUGCUGAUGGAAAAAAUACGGGGGAUUUUUCGAGUUAUGCGGAUGCGCUCUGGUGGGGGGUUAUCACUGUUACGACCAUUGGAUAUGGGGACACUGUGCCCAGGACUUGGAUGGGCAAGAUUGUAGCGUCGUGUUUUAGCGUCUUUGCCAUAUCUUUCUUCGCUCUUCCAGCCGGCAUCCUCGGCUCGGGCUUCGCCCUCAAGGUGCAGCAGAAGCAACGCCAGAAGCAUUUCAAUCGGCAGAUUCCUGCCGCCGCCAUGCUCAUCCAGUGUUUGUGGCGGUGUUACGCCGCCGACAAAAGUUUCAAUUCGAGGGCAACGUGGCAGAUUUAUCUCAAGGAUACGAACGGCUUCACCACCAACAACUCUUCCAGUGGGAGCGGCACCAAUUGUAACAUACCUCUUUCCAAGUCCCUGAUGUUGCAGGUGGCUAAGAAAGCGUCCGUUUUGAAACGUCGGAAAUCGCGGAAUCGCAUGGAGGCGCCUGGAACGCCACAGGGCGACACCCCCGUCCAAGCAGUCGCCCCCAAUGCACCCUCCAGGUGCGAGUCCGAUUCCGACGUUGUUUUCUACAUGGAGGAGCCUAAAGCCGGCACCCCAAACCGCGUCCGCCGAGGCGAACGUGAAAGCUCCCGUGGAGCCGUCUUUACCAGCCAGACCAGCACCGUCACGGAGGCCGCCAGCGACGACAUCGACGACCUCGACGGCGAGCUCCCCCGGGUGACACAACUCACAGAAGCCCACAAGAACGCCAUCCGAGCGAUACGAAAAAUCAAAUAUUUCGUCGCCAGACGCAAGUUCCAGCAGGCGCGCAAGCCCUACGACGUGCGGGACGUCAUCGAGCAGUACAGCCAAGGCCACCUCAACAUGAUGGUCCGCAUCAAGGAGUUACAGCGACGGCUGGACCAGACGCUGGGCAAACCUGGGAGUUACCUAGCGGGGAUCGAUCGCGUUGGAAACGUCAAACCCAUGACGGUGGGUGCGAGACUGUACCGAGUGGAACAGCAGCUGGGGACCAUGGACAAGAAGCUGGACGCCUUAACUCACAUUCUGAACUCGUUGGCACAAAAAAAUCAAGCUGCGCCACUUAGGUCGAUCGAAGAUGAUGUCUGAGCAAUAAUCUUGCAACUACAUAUCCAGUGGGAUUGGCUAACUUACUGUACAUAUGAGUAGUUUAAGGGAAUUUAGUCAAUAUUCAAAACUAAGCAUGGUAUUAUGGGGCACACGUGUAAAUUGAUCAAGGAUCAAUUGUAAUAUAAUUAUAUUUUUAGCCACUUUUAGAUUAUUUCCAUAUCUAUAUCUAGACCGUGCCUAUUUACUAGAUUUAUAUGAGAAUUAAAAUAGGGAGCGUACGAGCGGUCUCGAACACAUGCAGGCGUUUUUCAUAACGGAAUCAAAAUUUCAUGUUGCAGACAAUCGUUACGAGGUAAGUUAGGGAUAAGAUUUGAUGCAAGACAAGGUAGGUUUGGUUUCACAUGAAAUUAUUAUAAAACAACCUCUCUGAUAGAGCUCUUUUCUCAAAAAAAAUAAAUAAAA